GUUGCAGCGUCCGCGAUUAUUUACAUUCGAGUUUGUGUAACAACCACUGACGUAAAGAAUCGAUAUUUUAUUCGUAGUUGUGUGUGAAUUCGAACAAAUGGUUUCAUUUCAACUCAGUUUAUCAUAUCGGCAGUUUUAACCGUUCAGAGUGUUACAAGGCUUGUGAAGGUUGUAGGAAUUAUGAAUACUGUGAGCGGGACUGUCUGUAUCUGUAGGUGUAUGCUAUCCAGUUGCAGUGUUGCGACAGUAGGCAGUUAGGUACAUGCUGACUGUCUUCAAAUGAAAAAGUAUUUUGUGGUGUGUGUGUGUUUCAAGAAAAGUUUUGGAAGUGAUGCUGAAACUUUACAAAGUGUGUCCAGUUAGAAAUUAUUAAACUUUAAAAAGUGGAACUAGUUAGUCAGUUUUGAACUUUAGAAAGUGUGUUCCAUUAGCCAUGUCUUUCUCACAAGCUGCAGAAAAAAUUGAACUUGAAAACACUCCUCUUCAAGAAGCACAACAACGUAUAGCUCAUGAAACUGAACCAGAGCCAAUGGGCUGCAUUGAAUUUAUUGCAACUGCAGCCUCAAUCUUACUGUUUAUUGUGACCUUCCCCAUCUCACUGUGCCUCAGUUUCAAGGUUGUGCAGGAAUAUGAACGAGCGGUAAUAUUUCGACUGGGACGACUGCGUAAGGGCGGGGCACGUGGACCUGGUAUCUUUUUCAUUCUGCCAUGCAUCGACACGUAUUGCAAGGUGGAUCUACGAACUGUUUCCUUUGAUGUUCCACCUCAGGAGGUUCUCAGCAAGGAUUCAGUCACUGUUUGCGUGGAUGCUGUCAUAUACUACCGUGUCAGGGAACCCCUGGCUGCUAUCGUCAAUGUCAACAACUACAGUCACUCAACACGUCUUCUUGCUGCUACAACACUGCGAAAUGUUCUGGGGACACGCAACCUGGCUGAGAUCUUGUCAGAGAGGGAGGCCAUCUCCCACACGAUGCAGUCAGCUCUGGAUGAGGCAACUGACCCUUGGGGUGUUAAAGUAGAGAGAGUUGAGAUGAAAGAUGUCCGUCUGCCUCUGCAGCUGCAGAGAGCAAUGGCAGCAGAGGCUGAGGCUGCGCGAGAGGCACGAGCAAAGGUGAUUGCCGCAGAGGGAGAGAUGAAGGCAUCACGAGCUCUGAAGGAGGCGUCUGAUGUCAUGGCCGAGAGUCCAGCUGCACUUCAGCUGCGCUACCUGCAGACACUAAACACCAUAUCUGCAGAAAAGAACUCUACCAUUAUCUUCCCACUGCCACUCGACAUUAUCACUCCCUUCUUGGGGCCCCUCACAAACAGGAAAUAGGCGAACCAGCUGGCCACACACUACGAGGGGCUUGGAGCAUAAAUGGAUCUUUUACUACAAAUCUUUCACCUGAUGUGUUGGUGUUGCCAUCUCGUCUGUGUCAUGUUCGGUCUCCUCGUGUGUCGCCAGCAAUUCAAAUGGAAUCGAGGAGCAGUAGAAGUAAUUCACUUUAUUUCAUAUAAGUGUUCAUUUUGUGUGAUUUCUUGUUUGGUCCAAGACAAUUUGAAGAAUGCUUCUAAUGAUUUGAAUGUAGCUUUGAUAAAGAAUAUAGAUAAUAGAAUAUUUAAUGUCUUUAAGAACUAUAACUUUACUUUCAAAUGUGUUUAUCCCUCAGAUGUAAGUACAUGUGCCUUUUAGCCAAAUUCUGAUUUAUUUUGUUUAAAAAUAUGAAGUCUUUAUUUUUGUUCAUGGUAUUAAUGUAUAAUUUGACGUAAUAUGAACGGUUAGUAGAAAGAACUACAACAGUUCAUUUUUGUGAUUAUAACAGAGGGAAUCUGUCUGUUCCUUGAAUUAUGCUGUUGACAUAGGUUUCAAAUUUUUGUAGUUUCGCAGUUGAAACUCGGAGAUCAGUUCUAUCUCUCAUUUAAAUUGUGUUCAGUUUUAAAUUAAAUGGAAAGCAGAAAAAUUUAUUUUCAAUUGAUAAAACCGCGGUUGUUUCCUUUCUGCUAUUUGUGUCCUCUCAGAAAUAUUACGUAUAAUCUUAUGUGUCUGCUGGCAACAUACUGAUCCCUUGUGUGUCUCACCGAACAUUUUGAUGCAGUGGUUCUUAAAGUAUGGUCUGUGAGCUUCAUUCAGGUGGUAUGUGGAACAGCAAUGACUACAAAAUUUUCCGAUACAAAAUUAAUAAAACUAUUUGAACAAGUAACACAAUGCCAAGAUAUGUGUGGAAUAAAUAAAGUACAGUACGAAUAUUUUAUUCUUAUUUUUAGUAUUUACAACACGGUGCAUUGCAUCUGUUGAACAACAGGCAUAGAUAUUAUUAAGUGGCCCACUAAAACCAUGUGUUAUUUUAAAAUGGUCCCAGAAAAAGCUGUUUGGUUGCUUCUGCUUUUCUGAAUAAACUUGUAUUUAAGGAUUUUUUUUGCCAAAUUCACUAUUGAAAUUGAUUCCAGUGCUCCCAUGACUUGAGGAAUAAAAAACCUUCUAGCAGUAAUAUGAUAAAAGAGAAGAUCUGUAUUACAGAUCAUCAUAAUGUUGAAUCACGGUAGGUAAAAGCCAAUGCCAAUAUUUCAGUAAUUUUAAAAUAUAAUUAUUAAAUAUGUAUUAAUCUUCUAAACAUUUCUGCUGUGACUGCAGCUGAAAUUUAUUAUAAACUGUUGUGGUCUUUAAAUAUCAUUUCAGAUUCUUUCCAAUAUACUCAGGGUAUAAAAAAACUUCAUCUGUCUUCUUGUUACAUGUGCAUUACAUUUUGUAACAAAUUUUUACUUUUAACCAUUUGUGUUGCAUAGACAGUUAUAUAAUUUAUAUGUAAACAUAAAUAUCAGUUUUUUACUCUCAUAAUAGAGAAAUCUGGCUUGUUGAGUUCAUUACCCGGUAUAUCCAAAGAGCUUCAUAAUUAUAAUAAAUCGCAAAGUGUCAUUAGUAAAUAUUUAACAAAAUCUAACAAAACUCCUAUGCAUAGCAGAUGACCAAUGCGUCGAACAGUAUAUGAUGCGGGAAAAGAAGCAUAUAGUCAAAGGAAUGCAAGGGAGAAGAUACAGGCAUGCCAUACUGGAUUUGUCUAGAAUGUUUUUGGAAUGAAAUGUAAAUUUUAGAACUGUAAUAGGCAGAAUAAAAAUGUGGAUUGUGGUCUUGUGUGUUUUGAUUUAUUUUCUAAAAUUAAGCACACUUUUCAGAGGCGUAGUUAGCCAAUUAAGAGCAUGUUCAUUCCGCAGAGGUUUUCACCAUUCUGCAGACACGGAGUUCAGUGUUUGUGCUGUCUUGUCACCAUUUUUUAGAUGGUACAGUUUGCGUUCUGAAAGACUCAUCUGCAAUUGGCUUUAGGCUCGUAGUACUGGCGAACCUUACAGAUUCUGUUGUGGAAACCAUGAAUGGUAAAUGUAAUGUAAUUAUGCCCAAGUUUGUAAUUGGGCUGUUUCAAGUGUGUUGUAAAGUCUGUGUAAUUGAGUUUUUCCAAAAUACCUUUUGGCUCGAUUCUCCUGUCUUUCCCAUAUGGACAUGCAGUGCCAUUUCAGGCAUCCUUUGCUUUCCUCGCUGUCUUUAAAAUGGUCUGUUUCAGCAAGAGCAAAUUUGGGGCAUAUUUAGAUAAACAUGGGUUCUGAUGUCAUGCAGACAAUAAUUCACAUUUUUAUCGCUGUGAAAACGUCAAAUCAAACAUAUUUUAUGUACCUAAUACUGAACUCAUCAUCUGUGGUGCUGUUAUGGUUGUAAAUAUCUUUGGUUGUUUCAGGUGUUUUUUUAAAUGUAAUUUCCCAUAUUUUAUGUACUCAUUUAAAUGAACCUUAGGUCUACUAAGUUUUCUCGUAAGAAACGAAUUGUUAAUGUGGACACCUCAGUGAAUAUGUCUUCUUAAGUGUAUGUAAUCAUAGAGUAAACAUUAACUCAUGUCAAAUUUAAAAUCUAAAAAUAUAUUGUGAAGGAGUAUUUUGAGAGCUUCCUGAGUGACGUUGAAAUGUGUAUCUGUGUACAGUAAUUUUGGCCUUUGUGAUUUAACUUCUAAAUUUAUUCCACAGCUUUUUAUUAUUUCUAAUUGAGCACAUUGCACCGAGAGCUUAUAAUUAAAAGAAUUUUACAGAUUUCUAAAAAUCGUGAGUAUGACUACCAUAAAAAUUUGGUGUCCAUUGUAAGGCUGUCAUGUAUAUGAUCAGACACCAAAAGAUAAUACAAAAACAAAUUCCAUACAAUAAAGUUUGAUGUAAAAGAGUAGGCCUGCAUCAGUUUUAGACUUUUUCUACCUAUAAUAAUAAUAGUACAUUUGCAUUUCUGUGCUGGAUUAGUAAUUUCAGUUUCAACAAAAAGUGUACUUAUUAAACAUUUCUGGAGGUAUCAAUAAUUUCAAAACAUCAAAUACUGGUUUAUAAAUAUAAUUUCAGCAUGAUUGAGCAAUGUGUUAGUUUUGAUAGAGGGAGCCUUGCCUCCACUCUAGGGUUGUUAUUUUUGAUAGGUUGUGAGUACUGCAGCCUUUUCCCACUCACACUCCUUUCCUACUUCAAGCAACAUACAAAUCUUUUCUUAUCUCAGUGUUGAUAUGAGUGUUUAUGUUUUCUCAUAUGAUGUAGUUUUUUAUUGUGGCCUACUGAUAACUAGACCAUUACCAGAGGAAUGACCUGGGAGUACUAUAAUGGUAGAAAUUUUAAGAAAUAUUCUCUACAUGAUGACGUACGUGAACCAUUCUUGCGCCGUCUCGCAAGUCAGACCACAUUUUGUAACUAUUAUUAAUUCCAUUUGUACUCUUCAUUAAUGUUGAAUGUCUUAGGAUGACGCUUGAUGAUGGAUUUUGAAUCUUAGCUCAAAUAAAAGUUGGUAGUUUUUUGAUCAGUUGAGAAACUAUUAAUGUUUCUAGGAAGAUAUUGCAGGAUGCUGUAGGUUAUACACAGUUUCUGCAUGCAGUUUUUUUUCACUUUAGUAUCUUUACUUUAAUGAUUAGAGAUUGUUUUCCCAAGUUAGCACUAACGUUGUUGAGUGUAAUUCUAUUGAUGGAAUAUGUAUGAAUAACACUCCAGUUAUAUCUGCUCAGGAACAGAUGUAUAAUGAAAGAAGUCUGAGUAUAUAUUAUGUGUUGAAUACAAAUGUAAUCAGUAAAAUCUUCAGGACAGAUGAAAUUAUUUUGUGAGAGCAGCUUCAUGUGACGCAUUUUCCAUUGGCAUAACAUUUUGUAGGAUUGUAUUUCUUUGAAUGACUGCGUGCAUCAAUAUUUGUUCUGUAGCACAUUCACCUUUGCCAUAAAAAAUAACUGCUCAAAACUUCACUUUCCCAUUCUUGUGGCCUGCACAUCACAGUAGCUGUUGAGUUGUCUGAAUCUUCCCCAAAUUGAACUUCUGGUUGUGGUCUUCUUAAAGUAACCAAAAGACUUAAUGUUCUCAGUGUGUGGAGUGUUAUUAAAUUUUUUCUCGCUGUAUGUUAAUGUUUCAAUAUUUUCAUCAGAAGGUGAUGUAUACAAAUGUAAUGUGAUUUAACAAUUUAUAUGCAUUUGUAGUUACCUGUUUCUAAUUUAGUUGUGAUUAGGGAUCCCAUAUCUUGAAUUCAAACUCUGAUUUCCUGUUUACAUAAACUCAGAUGAAUAUAAAUUAUAGUUUUAAAGCUGGUAACUCAUAGACACAGACUCACUUCUGUAUUGCGCUGAAAUUAAAAUCUUUACCUCCAGUCCCCUCUGCAUCUUUAUGAUAUAGAACUUGCCUACAUUCUCCCAUUCAGAAGUUUGUCAGCAAUUCUUAAAAUGCUAUUGAUUUAGAGAAGGGUUAUGGGAUCCCUAUUAAAAAUACUUAUGUUGAUGUUUAUUGUUGCACAUGGAGAUACUUUGUUGAAUAUAGUAAUUAUGCUGAGA